AGUAGCCUCAAAGUUGGCGCUUUCAGUUAAUCACUUUGGCGAGAAAAGUUUAGCUUCCUAUUACUGUCUGUAAAGGCUUCUUUUUGUCACAGCCCACACCACAACAAUUGAUCAGAGAAUUUAAAAUUUAGCACGGAAAUCAUGUGUAACGUGCAGUGUAAAUACUUAUAAACUGAUUUGUUAUAUUCUUUUCUUCAAGAUUAAAAAGAUUUGUAAUUAUUCAUUAGUUGUAGUUAGUUUGAAAGCGAAAUGGUUUAUUAGUGUAUUCUCUGCAGCAAUUGCAUUUCUAUACAGAUGUAGAUUUUUUUGUGGUGUGUGGUGUAAAAUAGAUAAAGAAAAUUCGCAAGUUAAAGGACUAAAUACUAUUUAUUAAUGUGUGUUGUAGUGUUUUAAUUUUUUCUUUUUAUAUUCAAAAAUUCUCAGUAGCUUCAAUAGGAUUAAUGCUUCAAAUUUUUUGUGGAAUAAGACUGCAUUGAGAUUUACGAUGUCAUCGAGAAAACAUUGGAAACUUCAGGAAUUUGUGGCUCAUUCCGCAAACGUCAACUGUCUUUCAUUUGGUCGCAAGUCUGGAAGAGUUUUAGUUACUGGUGGGGAUGACAAAAAAGUCAAUCUUUGGGCUGUUGGAAAGCCAAACUGUAUCAUGAGUAUGAAGGGUCACUCAACUCCCGUUGACUGUGUUUGCUUUGAUCCCAGAGAAGUAAUGGUUUGUGCUGGUUCAUUUUCUGGUGCUCUAAAAGUGUUUGAUUUGGAAGCUUCAAAAAUUGUUAGGACGUUAACAGGCCAUAAAUCAUCCAUAAGAUGUUCAGAUUUUCAUCCAUAUGGAGAUUAUAUUGUUUCAGGCUCUCUUGACACAAAUAUAAGGCUUUGGGAUGCUCGAAAACAAGGGUGUAUUUACACAUAUACAGGCCAUAAUAAAGCUGUUAAUACUGUAAAAUUUAGUCCUGAUGGCAAGUGGGUAGCUUCUGGUGCUGAAGAUGGGUCAGUUAAACUGUGGGAUCUUAGUGCAGGAAAACUAUUGACAGAGUUCCAUGGUCACACUGCUUCUGUUAGUGGAGUUGAAUUUCAUCCAAAUGAAUUUCUUUUAGCCAGUGGAAGUGCUGACAGGACGGUGAAGUUUUGGGACUUAGAAUCAUUUCAGCUAGUUUCCACCACAGGAGGAGAUGGUCCGCCUGUUCGGUGUGUGUACUUCCAUUCCAAUGGUUUAUGCAUGUUCAGCGGCUCUCAAGAUUCUCUAAGAGUUUAUGGAUGGGAACCUAGUUUAACGUAUGAUUCACUUCUCACUGGUUGGGCUAAAGUGUAUGACAUGGCUAUGACACAAAAUCAGCUUGUCGCUGGUAGUUUUUCAAUGAAUACUGUGACUGUAUAUGUAGUGCAGCUAGACAGUUUAAAACCUCUUGCCAAAAUGGAUAAUAGCAAUAUUUCUUACAUUCCUAAUCAAUAUCCAAUUACUGGAAAUCACUCAAGAAAAAGUUUUGAAAGAGAUGCUGGUAAUCAAAAGUUGAAUUCUUUUGACAUGAAAGUUGUUGAAAGUAUAAGCCAAGAAUUUGACGUAGAAAAUGAUAAUUUCAGUUUAGAAGAUUUGAAAGAAAUAAACAGUGAAGAAGUUUUCAUCCCUAAAAGUGAAUUGUGUCGUACUCCUCCUAAAAGUGACCCUUUUCCUAUGCCUUUAGAUGCAAAUGAUCUUAUGAAGGAAGAUUACAUGUUCAAGUCCAUUGAGAGAGAAACAAAAUCACUGUCUAUUCAGACAUCAUUUAAUGUUACUACAGAAAUCCCAGAGAAACUUUCCAAGUCCCCUGUUUCAUCUCCUAUUAGGAUAGCAUCUCCGGUUAAAAAUAACUUUGUACCAUCUUCUCCAGUGUCAUCUGGUAUUACCAUAAGGACUAAUCAACUCUCAUCAUCUGUUACAAAUGUUCCUGAUGCGUUCAGUCCGAAAGCUACGUUUCUUAAUGAUAAAAACUCUCAAGGUUUUAAAAAACCCUGUGAAAAAGCAACAGCUAUCAGAUGGUCAGGUUAUCCUCCAGAAGCAGUUUCAAUAGUUAGACCUACAACUUUUCUACCUGAUAGGGAUGCUUAUAAUCAUAGAACUGCUAUAUAUCCUGAUCAUAUGGUUAAAGCUGUUUCAAAAGCUCCAGAUUCUUAUGUACCAGAACAAAGAGAUGCACCUGCAGGGUUAAAUGUUGAUGACUUUUUACCUAAAUCACAACAAAAAUGUCUGGGAAGUAGCCAGGCUGUUCAACCUGAAGUUUCCGAAGCUGAGGCAAUGAAUCUUAUUUGUAGAGAACAUCAAGCAUUUAUUACAGUGUUCGAUAAUAGACUGAAAAAAUUGCAAAUAGUUCUCGCAGUUAUGAAAUCUAAAGGCUCAAAGAUUGCAACAGAUACGGCUGUAAGUAUGAAUGAGCCUGCUGUCAUGGUUGACUUCUUAUCCGUCUUGAACCGAAGACAGGACUUAUGGAGUCUCGACUUGUGCCAAUCGUUGUUGCCAUUUAUUCAAGAUCUUGUUCAAAGCAAAUUUGAAAGUUAUAUGUCAAUUGGUUGUUCUUCUGUUAAAUUGAUUUUGCAAAAGUUUGGAAAUCUUAUUAAAACAAAUAUUGAAGCUCCGCCCCGUAUUGGAGUAGAUCUUUGUGGGGAAGAAAGAGUUACAAAGUGCAAAAAUUGCUAUGAGCAACUUCUAGGCAUCCAGUCUUUUAUUCUGAAGCGGCAGACAAUGCAAGGAAAACUUGGACAGUCUUUCCGAGAACUAUUAGCCAUGCUGUGUACAGAAUUCAACAGAAUAUGAUUUCGUGCUUCUUCAUGUUAUCAUUGGAUGUUUUUUUUCUUCUUCCUAGUUCGUGAUAUUAAUGUGGCCUUCCAAUAAUUCCAUCGAAACACUUAAGUGUGAAACUUUCUUGUGCCAUUUUCAUUUUUUAAUGACCAGGAAAAGGUUUUAUUAAUCAUACUGUAUAUACUUUAACUCAUGCUUGUGAAGUUGCACUGUACUCAGAUUAAUAAAUAUUUCUGAAAUUGCUUAUACUCUUUAAAAAACAUUUUUUACAUUUUGAAUAACAAGUGUUCCUUAAUCUUAUUAAGAAUGUCAUUCCAUAUAAACACUGCAUAAAUGAUUACAGAAUAACAUGUGAUUGAUGCCUUAAGGAUCAACUUUCAGAAAUUUUAAUUAUUCAACUUUGUUUUUGAUGGCAGAUGUUUUAGUUGUUUCAAAAAAUUUCUGAAUAAUAUUGAAAUUUAUUUUCAAAUUUCAGACAGUGUUCAGGAUGUUGUAAAAUAGUUACCACAAAAAGUGCUUUAGUAUUUCUUAUUUAAUAAUAAUAUUUAAAAUAAUAUUUUAAAGUGGGUAAAAGAAUAUUACUUUUUGUACACACAGUUCAAUAAAUUUUGCUUUUUGUUUAAAGUAAUAUUUAUUUUAAUUAAAUUUUUUUAUUUUUAAAUUAAAUAAGAUACAUAAAAAUCUAUUUUAAGGUACAAAUUGUUUUACAGCUAUUGUGAAAUUUGUAUGUCUUAUUUCUGAUUGAAAUUUGAAUUUUGCAAUCUUUUUUUCAUAUUAGGGACAACAACCUUGAACUAUUGUUUUAAUUAUGAUUUACUUUUAUGAGAGAAAAUUGAUUUUUUAAAAUUACUUCAGUGUAACUCAGUAAUAAUGAACAUAGAAUAAAAUAUCAUGUUUGCUCAAUUCUCGUACAAAAUAGCAAAUUUAAGCUUCAACUUUCUGGCUGUUUUUAUACGAAAGUUGUAAACGGUAUUUUCCCCCUCGUAUUCUUAAGCCUAUUUUUUAUUUUAUGUGUAAUUUAUAAGAACUAUUUGCAUAUUAGACAUUUUUUUAUCAUUCCAGUUUUUAAUCACAACAAUGGUUGCACCUCUGAAUAAAAAUUAAUCUUUGACUUGUUUAGGUCUCCAACAGCUAUUCUAUUAGUAUAUUUAAAAAAAAAACUGUCUUUGAAAUUUGUUUAAAUAUUUAAAAUUAAUUUGAUAGUUAAAUUUGCAUUUCAUUUUAUUCAAACAAUCUUUCAAUGCAAAUAAUUCAAUAAUCAAGUACAAACUCUAAACUUCGAUUGACUAAUGCUUACUGAAAUGAAUUGUUUUUGCAAAUUCUUUUGCUCAAUUCUUAUAAAUAACUGUCUGUGUCUUCUGAUUGCUAAUUCUAUCUGCUAAUCCAAUUUCAUUUCGAUCUCAGCAAGGUAAAUAGUUACCUGUGAAUUAAUUUUAAUAAUUUUUACAAUUAUAUUUACUAAGUGCACUUAAAUAAUAUGAUCUCGUAGUUCUCUGUGGUGCACAUUGUACAGAAUAAAUAAUUUUUUUGCUUGCUUAAUUUUUUAAACUGAUAUUUUUCAUUUCUUAUAAUUUUAAAUCUUCAUCUUAUUUGAUGUGCAUUUAAAAUUUUAUGUAUACAUCUACAUUUUUCUUAAUUCAUGAACUAAUUUGCUAGUCAUUUGUUUAAUUAAAAUCUCUAAAUCUGAAACUGUGCAUAUAAUUUAAAUUAUUUUAUGUAUUUUAAAAGUUUUUUUUAAAGAAAAAAUGUAUAAACAAUGUGUAAAUUUUAGUGAUAUUUUCCUGUUUAAUUGUUCAUGCAUUAUACUAACUGUGAUACUUUUUGUGCACAUAUUUCGUGUUUUUUUUCUUCUAAUUUUUUAUUACGUAUUAAGGUUUAAGUUUUUAGACAAUAAGCUUGCUGUUAGAGAUCUUCUGAAAAUAGUGUCUGGAAUAAUAAAAAUAUUUUGACAUUUAUCUACAAAGCAAUGCUUUUUUUUUUAUUUCUCAGAAUUAGAACUUUUCUUUGUAUUGUAAUUUUUUUAGCUAUCAGGUAAAUUGCUUAAACUGAUAGCUAAGUGAUUGAAGAAAAUAAAAAUUUAAGGUAAUAUUUAAUUUUUUUUCUUCGUCUUGUCAUUUUCAUUGUGUGUUAUAAGUACACUUAACAAAUAUUGUAUGUGUUUAUAUGCUUUCCUGUAUAAUAUGACUGAUACAAAUUAAAAUUGUUUGUUUUUAUUUAUUUUUGUUAAUUAACUCUUUUGAAGUGGUAUUCAUUAUAAUAAUUAGGUUGAUGAUGCACGGACAUCAUUAUAUUUUACUGUGGUUUUUAUUUUGAAAAAUCACUUUGUACUGUUUGAAUAGUUUUUGUGGUGCUCAAAUUGCUGUGAUAGCAAUCAUUGAAUAGUGCUUUAUCAACAUCGUGUCAUUUGGUAAUGAUUUGUAGCAUCACAAAGUAACUCUGUAAAUUAUCACUUUUAAUAGAAAUAAAUAUCUUUUUACCAAAUUUA